UUAUGUCGUAACAGAUGUCGUAAACUGGAACGGCGACCGCCAUUUUUGAAUACACACAGCGUUGAGAUUGUUACAGCUGGUCAAAAAGGAUGUCAAAGAGUAAAGUGUCCCGGUACAGACUCAGUCCUAAUGAAGUGGACCAGUUGGUGAAGGAAGAGAAACAGAAAAGGAGAAUAGCAAGAAUAGUGCAGGUCCGAGAGCAAGCCAAAGCUGAUGCAGCCAAAGUAAGACAGGCUGUCAAAGAUGCCAGAGCAAAAGAGUUGCAGAAACUUGCCGAAGAAAUAAUGGAUGAAUAUGAGAAAGAAAAAGCAGAAAAAAUCCAUGAGCUGGAGACGCUGUAUGAGAACUGUUUGAAGACCAUAGGGGAAGGCCACAGGGAGGCCGAGCAGUUUGAUGACAAAGCAGAGGAAGUGUACAUCAAGCUGCGUGAAGACACCAAGAUGGCCGACAUGAGGCACAAGAAAGCACUGGCCAAAGUGAAACGUGACAAAGCUUUGAAAGAUCAGGAAGAGAACAAGCAUAUAGUGGCAAGACAACUAGCCCUAGAGCAAGAGAGAGUGAGAGCGGCCAUGAUAGCCAGUCUUCCCCCUCCUCCCCCAGACCCUCUGGUACUACAACUGGACACUACUAAAGUGAAACCAGUCCAGUUGACAGAUGUGGAUGCUUUCUCCACCACUCAUUACCACCUCCAGGAAGACUAUAUAGUAGACAGAGCAGACAGAGAGGAAUGGGGAGAUGCAAAAGCAGCUGCCACAGAGGAAGCAGAGAGGAUUGCAGAACGGCAGCUGAAAGAUCUCCGCUCCAACCAGGAACAGACGGAGAAGGCUAGACUUAGACAUCAACAUGCUGUGCAGCAGGAGAUUCUCAAAGAAGACUACAAGAAUCUAUUGGUUCACCUGGCUGAGCUGGAGAGAGCAGAUAUACUGAAGAGACAACAUCUGGUGGCCAAUAUCCCAAAGAAAAUCUUCCUCCCACCCAGCAAGAGACUUGAAGAGAAGACAGACAGGCAGGGAGGGCUGGAGAGGGCCUUUGAAGACAUGUACCUGGCUGAAACAGACUACACAGGGGACGUAACCCUGGCUCUGGACCCCCACCCCCCUCCUGACUCCCCCUCCACCACAGCCAGCCUGGAUUUAUCAGAGGUGGAGGAAGGACCCAAGACCUACCCCAGACUGCAGCCUACUCAGACAGGGCCUGAGGCCUACCCUAGGUCUGGGGUCACUCCUCCACAGUCUUACCCCAGGCCACAGGCUGCUGCUUCCAGGGUACCUGCUCUACAAGAUGUCACCAAUGUCCCUUUAGCAGAGAAAAUGAGUCGGGAUCAGAAAAAUGAAAGCAUGUUGAAAAAGCUGAUGGAAAAGAUCAAAAGUCAGAGGGACUCCUGGAAGACCAGAGCAGACCUGCCAGAACCAGACUCUGAGACACUCAGAAAACCUCUGAAGACAUCAGAAUCCUCUAGCUCAGGUGUCACCUCAACGGCCACCCUAUCCCAGCAUACCAUCACCAGCAACUCAUCUGAAGAUGGAGCCACAGGUCCUCAGCCACACACUGACGUAGGUGGCUUGGAUGUGCCAAAGCAAACAGAUAUGGAUGUUCCUGAAUUUCAAGAGGAGCCUAUCCUGGCUGGCAGUCCAGAAACACUGCGUCAUCCACUGGAGGAAGCAGCCAGAAUGCGUGCACAUGCGGCACGGCAGAGGGCGGAGGUAGAAGCGAAGCAGCAGGUUCCAGCAACAGCACCACCUGUGGCUGAUAAGGAAGUGCCAACAGAAUUGAUAGCCGAGACCAACAGAAAAAUGGAGGAAGAAGCUGCACAACAGCAAGAACAUCUGAGGCAACAAAGACUGCAACUGGAGCAGUAUAUCAGAGAAAUAGAAGAGAGGAAGCAGCAGCUGGAAGAUAGAAGAAAACACUUGGAGGAGAGAGAAGGAAUUGAAACGGAGCCAACACCAGCCCAGUCAACACCAGCCCAGCCAACACCUGCCCAGCCAACACCAGCCAAACCAACACCAACUGACCCUAAAACACAGGGAGCUGAAGACAGAAGAAGCCCUGCAGGUUAUGAAGCUUACAGGUACACAGAUACAACUGGGGAUGUCGGGGCACAACCAUCACCUCAACCUCUUCAACCACCUGGUGGCCUUCCACAACCAGAUCAACCACUUGGCGAAGACCAGACCUCUUCAGACAAGGAGGAAAAGCCACAGUCAGACAAACAGCCACCUACCAGUGGACUGAGCAGUGCCCCAACUUACCUGCCUUCCCUUUAUGCUGAUAGGAGUGAGGAGCAGGUGGGAAAGAUCAGAGAUUAUCAGAGGCAGCUGUUGGAGAGGCAUGCGCAGGGCAGGGCUGAGUUAGAGGCCCAGAGAGGGGCACUGGAGAGGAGACGUGAGGCCCUGAUGGGGAAGUAUCCAGGACUUGGAUUCAGAGAUAUUGAGACCAAGGGAAAAGGUCAGCAGCCUCCGGUAUCUUCUCAAGUCCCUCCCUCUUCUACUGUAACCAGGCAACCACCUGUGAGCCAGCCAAUUGAAAAGCAGUAUCCAAGUGUGUCUUCAGCCUCAAUCCCUCCCAUUUCUGCUGUAACCAGGCAACCAGUAAUGAGUCAGCCAAUGGAAGAAAAACAUAUCCAAGUCCCUGUGUCACAUCAACAGCAACAAGAAGAGCAGUCACCAAAACAACAGAAAGAAAUACACCAGCUCCAGCAGGAAAGAUUACGUCAGCAGCAACAGCUGAUCCAACAACAACAACAGUUGAAAGAGCAGCAACGACUGUUGGAGUUGAGGAAACAGGAGCAAGAGAAACUCCAGCAGCAGCAGUUUCUUAAAGCAAGACAGCCAGAAGAGCCACAGCAGCAGCAACCUCUCCAAAUGCCUUGGCAGCCUGGAUAUCAGCUCCCACCCCCUUCUCUGCUCCCCAGGUCAGAGGCAGUGCCGUUCGGCCAGGGUGUUGUGUACAACAGGCAGACAGGGGAGCUGAUCCAGACGGCAGCUCUCAGCUCACAGGGGACAGGAGAUGAGGAGGAGGAGGAGGGGAGCAGCUCAGAGUGGAGCAGUGGCCGCCAGAUGGCACAGCAAGUACCCUCUCCCACAUGGAGACAAGGUGAUCAGAACCCUAGGCUGGAACACCUGAAGCAACAGCUGGAGGCCAUCAGAGCAGAGAGAGAGAGGGUGUUACUCCGCCAGCAGCAGUCAGAGGAACAGCUACGCCAGCAAAGGGAAAGGUACCAGCGUCUUUUCCCUAACAGUGCACAGAAGCUGACACCUGAAGAGCCCAUGCAGCCUGACCAUGUCCCAGAUGAAGAUUGGCCUGGUUUGGGUCCAGUUCACAGAUCUAGUAUGCUUGGUGAAAGGACGCUUGGAGGGCAGGGUGAAAGGUCACUCAGUUAUGGCAUUGAGCAGAGGUCAAGUCUGCAAGGUGAAAGGUCACUGGAAGACCAAGGUGAAAGGUCACCAGAAGGUCAAGUUGAAGGUCAGGUGUAUAGACAUUCCAAAGUGAGAGGACCACCUCCAGUAGUGAAGAGGGUUGGUUUCACGGAGGAUUCCAUGGCUCACGAGUUGAGCACCAUACAAGAGGUGGAUACUCCAAGGAGUGUGAGGUCUGGAGGAGGCAGGAGUGUCCUCGGUUCACCUUUGACCCCUCAAGGUCAACCUCCCACACCUCAAGGUCAUCCCUUCAGAUCUCAAGGUCAGUGGGUGCCUGGGGUCAGCACAGUGAUGCCAGUGCCUCAGAGAUCUGUAGACAGGCAAUAUCAGCAGUGGGGCAGUCUGCUAGCAGGAGGCGCUGAUUUACAACAACAAGAUGAGCCCAUCCAUGCACAAGUAACUAGGUCCGAUGGGAGGAGUCCCCCAGCUCCCCCAAGAUUUCUCUCCCAAGGUGCAGGUGCCCUGUCUGCUGUGGCUCCAGUGAGUCAUGGAGUUCCAGCUGAGGCUGGAGAGCUGCCUUUGUAUUCAACUGAUGUUGGGAGAGGAGUGCUGUUGUAUCCUGACGCUAGGCCUCAGGUGCCAGAGCACCCCCAGGGUGUGACCAGGGGAGUAGACCAUAGUGGACGGCCAGGGUCAGUGUCCAGCAAUGAGAACACCAUUUCUACAGGACCUGUGAGCAGUGAAGAAAAUCUUCUGACUGACCCACAACAAGAGUUUCACAGACAAGACGAAAGUUACAACACCCUGGCCCCCCUGAAACCUGACUCCUCACCUGGCUCUCUCAGCACACUGUCACAACAGUACACUAGGGGGCAGGAUGUGACACCAGCCAAGACAGACCAGUCCCCAGGUUCAGAAGGAUCAAAAUUUGGUGUGAAUAGAAGGGAAAUUGAGGGGGCUGAUAAUAGGCUCUAUCACCAACAGCCUUUCCCAGGCGCAUCUCCUAACUAUGAAUUAGACAGUUACAAACAGUUUGUAAGCGGUGUUCACAAGCCCUCUGCAGCCGAUGUGUCGUAUUCCCAGUAUAGGGACAAACAUGGCAGUCCACAAGGAGCUGAUGUCGCACAUGCACAGUAUGAUGAUAAAUACAGUGGUGGCCUACAAGUACAGCCUGGCUUGCCACAGUUUCCGUAUGGUAAUUCUGUGGGCAGUGGGACGUAUGGUGCCCCACAAGGCAGACUUGGUUCAGAACCAGCACUGCCUGACUCUCCUCAUUACCCACAGUAUAGUGGACCAGAACAAGGGGGAGGGUACAGUGAGACAUGGGGACGGUGGGGGGACUUUUCAAGAACAGAAAACGGUGCCGUUCCUGCCACUGUGGCUCCCACUGGAGGCGUGUCCUCUGUCACUGAACCUGCCAUGGUUGGGGCGUAUGGAGGUAUUGGAGUCAUGCCCUCUCUCCCACAGUACCACCAGUCUGGCCUUAGACCCUCCUUUUCUCCUACAAUUGGAGGCAGGUCUGCCUUGGAAGAAAGAGAGGUAGUGGACAGCAGCAGUCUUAGCUAUUACCCCAUCACCCCUUCUGUGGACUCUGGUGGUAUAGAUAUGACCAGUGGUCAAGGCCAGGGUCAAGGUCGUGAUGACUCUCAGCACAGCAGGAGCUAUGAUGUGUAUCAUGCCCAGAUGGAAAUGUCCAGAACACAGCCCACGUCUUUCCCCUUUUUACAAAAGGGUCUUUAUCCAAGUGUAGACUCUUCUUUUGAUCCUGGGAUUCCUUCUGUUAAAGAAGGCAUUGUCUCUGGCGAGCUGAAACCUCUGGCAGCUGAACACUCCCUCACAUCUGAUUUAAGUGGUCUUGUGCCUCCAAACAAAGCGGCCAUUGUGCCUGAUGCAAAUCUUGUGCAAUUGUUCAGCACCAAGGACAACUUGGUAUUGCAUGGGACACAGGGAAUGGGAAAACCAGGUGGUAAAAAUGCAUCUUUCCUCAGCGAUGUCAGCCAGCAUCCUCUGACCAGUGACAUAUCAGAGGCAAGUCAGUACCCAUUGUCAGGCUUCCAAGAGGAGCCGUCAGUGUACAUGCAAGACGAUCCCAGUCCUGCCGCAGGAAGUCACACCCCAGGUCACAGAGUGCACAGUGAGCCAGAACCACAGACUGUGGACUGGACACAGCUACAGCAGCAGAAUACAGGCUUUGGCAGUUUAAGCCCAGUACAUGCAGAGUUCGAAGAGAUUGGGCAAAGUUCCAGAGGCAUUGUUUGGUCACCAGGUGGAGACAGUGAUUUGUAUCCACCAGAGGGCAACAGAAGUUUCACCUCACCAAGAGGAGCUAUGCUUCCUCUUAGAACCGUCUCACUGCCAGAGCAGUCCAUGUCCACUAUGGUCAGUGACUUUAGCCACCGUUCCCUCAGCCAGCAUUCCUUGACCGGCAUGGACGAUACUGACCAGUUCACCACAGCUGGAGAACACAGAAGGGAAGCUGAACCUGUCAGUGUGAUACCAAGUCAGUCCGAACUGCUACUACUGCAGGAAGGGUAUUCACCAGGGGCUUUGAUCAUUGGUACCCAGGAACAGAGAGAUUUAAGUUCUAAUAACAACAACAGCAAUAUUGAGCAAGGUGUGAGGGAACUCUUUACUGAAACAUGUCCUCCUACUUCAGUCUCAUUGGAGCCAUCACAGGUUAAUACUAUGACAGCUGUUGACGGCAGGAGUGACCAAUGGAACGUCUUUUCUAAGUCAGAAAGAUCAUCUGCAGCGGAAAAUAUGGAUGAUAGGUACCAACAGCUCCUGUUGCAGGCAAGAGAGUUAAACCAGCAACUCAGACAACAGUUGGGAACAGAACAGACUGAUGACCUUGACCAAAAGGCCAGUGACCUUGACCCAGAAGAGAAUUCUGCCUCCACAGAUAGAAGAGCCGAUGAAGAAGCACCAGCAGAAAGGAGAGUUUCAGAGAAGUACGAGGCACUGGUGGAAGAAGCCAGACUCUUGAAGAACAAACUACUGGCUGACAUGAGGCAUGAUGGACGAGGGUCAGUAACGUCCAGUCAGGACACGUCCAUCUGGUCAAGUCAUCCACAGGAUGGCCAGGAGAAGCCUGGAGCAUGGCAUAGCUUGGAGGAGAUGACUGGUAUAUCAGAGGAGCCGGAUCUGACUCUGGUGUCCCUCGUGUCUGAACCCGCCACUGCUGACUCCUCCGUGCAUCUGGACCAAUCACUCAGCAUGGAGGAUUCACUGCGGUCCUUCCAGCAACAUGAGAUGAGAAUAGCCUCAGCUGAAGCAACUCCUGGGCAAGGUGGGGUAAGAAGAGAUGGGUUGGAGAUUAUACCCCCAGCAGAGGGUGGUGGAGCUGGGUUGGAGGGUUCAUCAUCCUGUCCGAUAAGGGCAGUGGAAGAAACUAACCGAGACCGCAGAGAGGCUUCGCUACAGGAAGCCUUUGCCAGAAAGAGGCCAGAUUUUGCACAGAAGUCCAAGGAGAGGCUGCAAGCUAUCGAGAGUAAAAAAGAUGCCAAAGCGCUGACAGGGGGCCCCACUGCAGCAAGGAAUGCCCAGCUUGCCAAGACAGUCUCAAGCUGGAAGAAAUUGCGUAGUGCUAAAGCCAGUGAAAAGCAGCAGUCACCCGUCCAGAGCCUAAAGCCCAGUGAGGGCAGGGUCCAGGUGGUCACUAAGAGCACCACUGACCGCCAACAAGACGUCAAGGCAAUGUAUGACAGGAACAGAAGACUGUAUGAAGGACUGGAAGAGGUGAAACAGAAGAAAGCGGAGAAGGAAAGAGAGGACCAGAGGAGAGUUAACAGACAAAGAGCCAAAGAAUUCCAGAAAAAAACGCUGGCAAAAAUAAGGAAAAAAGAAGGCGACAGCAGCAAAGAGUGAAAGGUUAUUGCACUGGUGUUCAGAAACUUGUCACUGACACGUGGCAGACGCUGAUAGACAGCCGAACCUGAGGGUCAGGGCUCAAGGCCACGUUGUUUGAAACAAUGACUGACAAGAAAACAAAACCCUAGGGCAAGUCAUCAGAGACCUGGUUGGCUGGAGGCCUGUUGCCCGAGGCCUGUCCUUGCUAUUCAUGGGAAAUGGUCAACAGGGAAUGUGAUCACAGAGAACGUGAAAGCUCCUCUGGGGCAGGCUUCAGGGGUAAAAAUGAGGCCGAAACUUUUGGAAUUGAAAUUUUUGUCUUACUCAU